AUGCCGCCCAGCAAUGAUGACUUGCGCAGCUGGGCGGCGCUGGACGGCAAGCGGCUGAUGAACGUCCUAUCGUAUCGCGCCACGUUGGCAGAACUGCUGGCCGUGGUGAAAGCACACAGAGAGAACGAGGAGGAGAUGAGAGGGAGUGUGGGAGGCGGUGUGCGGGGGGAUAGAAGAGGGGAGGAGAGCUGGGAUGAGGAGAGAAAGGGUGGGGAGAGAGGGGAAGACGAGAGUGUGGGGGAGGGUAAGGUGGGGGAGGGUGGAGGGGGAGAAGUUAGAGGGGAAGAGGGGAAUUUUUCUUCUAAGCGAGUGAAGGGCCAAAAGGAAGGGAAGGCAAGCACAGGUCUGUCCCCUGUACACAUCUGCACCGCAUUCCACCGCAUUGCCAAGCACGCCAAGCGCAUGGGCGGCGGGCGGCGCCUUGUGGACCAGCUAAAAGAGGACGAAACGUGUGUGGUGGGUGCGUGGGUGGGUGCAUGGGUGGGUGGGUGCAUGGGUGGGUGGGUGGGUGGGUGGGUGGGUGGGUGGGUGGGUGGGUGGGUGGGUGGGUGGGUGGGUGGGUGGGUGGGUGGGUGGGAUGGGUGGGAUGGGUGGGAUGGGUGGGAUGGGUGGGAUGGGUGGGAUGGGUGGGAUGGGAUGGUUGGAUGGUGUCGAGCGGGCGGGCAGGGCACAGGCGGAGUUGGGGCACGGCCACCCUCUCUGCUCAACACCAUCAUGGCAGCAUCGCUCGCUCACAUCAAAUCUUUCCAGCCGCUGGAAGUCGCAAUACUGAAAAAUGCGCUCGUCGGGCUGCCUUCAAUACCCAACCCAACCGCACAGCACCUUUCCCCAGACCUGCACCUGCCCUUACAGAACGAGGCGCUAGUGGGGCUGCCUUCAAUACCCAACCCAACCGCACAGCACCUUUCCCCACACCUGCACCUGCCCUUACAGAACGAGGCGCUAGUGGGGCUGCCUUCAAUACCCAACCCAACCGCACAGCACCUUUCCCCACACCUGCACCUGCCCUUACAGAACGAGGCGCUAGUGGGGCUGCAUUCCAUCUGCCCUCAAUCCCCUCCCCACUGCUACCUCUCACCGUUUGUAUUCCACCCUCUCCCCCGCCUCUCCACCCUUUCUAUCCUUCCCCACACCUGCACCUGCCCUUACAGGCUAGUGGGGCUGCACUCCAUCCGCCCUCCAUCCCCACUGCUACCUCUCCUCUCACCAUUUGUAUUCCACCCUCUCCCCCGCCUCUCCGCCCUCUCUAUCCUUCCCCACACCUGCACCUGCCCUUACAGGCUAGUGGGGCUGCACUCCAUCUGCCCUCACUCCCCACUGCUACCUCUCCUCUCACCGUUUGUAUUCCACCCUCUCCCCCGCCUCUUCGCCCUUUCUAUCCCUCCCCACAGUUCUCCCCUCCCCUUGCAGGGCACAUGCGCGAGUGGGGCUGCUUUUUUAGGCGCCUCGAAAGUAAUCCCCCCUUCCCCUCCUUCUUCCCCCCUUCCCCCUCCCCCCCCUCCCUCCUUCUUUUCCCCCUCUCCCCCCCUCCCCCUUCUUCCCCCCCCCUUGCAGGGCGCACGCACGGGUCAUUCGCCAAGCUGCACCACUCGGACGACUCACUCUUCCGCGCCCUGCCUGUGUCAUUCGCCAAGCUCCACCACUCAGGCGAUCCUCUCUCCCGCGCCCUGGCUGUCUUUCGCCAAGCUGCACCAUUCAGACGAUCCUUUCUUCCGUGCUCUGGCUGUGUGGGCCGAGAGCAACGCUCCUGCGUUUGAAUCGCAAGACAUUUCCAACAUGCUCUGGGCAUUCGCUCGCCUCAACGUGAACUCUCCAAACAUGUUUGCACUCUUUGUGCCACGGGGCAUUCGCUCGUCUCAACGUGAACUCUCCAACGUCUUUGCCCUCUUUGUGCCGCGGGUGGUUUUAGACGCUCUGUCCUCCGUCCCUCCCUCCUCUCCCAAUCCCCCUCGUCCCUCCCAUCCCCCGUGGCCCUCCCGCUCAGGGCAUUCGCUCGUCUCAACGGCGUACGCCACAGCAGGCCACCGCAGCCAGCAGCUAUUAGAGGCAGUGGGGGAGGAGAGCACGAGGCGCAUUGGCGUAUGCCACAGCAGGCCACCGCAGCCAGCAGCUACUAGAGGCAGUGGGGGAGGAGAGCACGAGGCGAACCAUGUAGGUGUGCACCUAGAGAAACACUCUCCUUUUCCCUCGCCCCCCUCUCUCAACAGGGCGGCCUAUGCAACAGCAGGCCACCGCAGCCAGCAGUUGCUAGAGGCAGUGGGGGAGGAGAGCACGAGGCGAAUCGUGGGCGGGAAACUGGAGAGGGAGGCUGUAUCUGGGCAGGCUGUUGCCAACAUCGCAUGGUACGAGGCAGUGGGGGAGGAGAGCACGAGGCGAAUUGUGGGCGGGAAACUGGAGAGGGAGGCUGUAUCUGGGCAGGCUGUAGCCAAUAUUGCAUGCACAUCUCUGUUCCUCUCCUCUGCUGGACUCCUCUCCUCAGAUUUUAAACCACCCACCCAUCCCUCUGCUCGCUCUCCUCCCUCUCCUCCCUUUCCUCCUUCCCCUCUCUUCCUCUCCCCACUCUCCUCCCUCUCCUCCCUCUGCUUCUUCUCCCAAACUCAUGCUUUACCCAUCAACAUUCUGCUCCUUGCUCUCUCUUCUUUCAACCUCUCCCCCCCCCGCUUCCCAACGCAGAGUCACUACGACAUCCCCUUUUUCUCCGCUGCUGCCGCCCACGCCACCCGCUACAUGCCAAGAUACGCCGGCCGCACCAUUGCGUGCCUGGCGUUCGCCUUUGCUCUGAUUGGCCACGCCGCCCCUCCUCUCUUCCUGCGGAUCAUCCGUCAUCUAUCACUGCGGUCAGGCGAGCAGCAGUUUGGGCGCCAGGCGUUGGUGAUGCUAGCUUGGGCUCUCGCUGUGCUUCUCUCAUUCCCACCACCACACUCCUCUCUCCUCCCCCCUCUCCCACUUAACCCCUUUCUGCAGAUCAUCCGUCGUCUAUCACUGCGGUCAGGAGAGCAGCAGUUUGGGCACCAGGCGUUGGUGAUGCUUGCAUGGGCUCUCGUGAUCAUCCGUCGUCUGGCCGUGCGGACAGGCGAGCAGGAGCUUGGGCGGCAGGCGCUGGUCAUGCUGGCGUGGGCUCUCGUGAUCAUCCGUCGCCUCGCAGUGCGGGCAGGAGAGCAGGAGUUUGGGCGUCAGGCGCUGGUGAUGCUCGCAUGGGCCCUCGUGGCUACAGGCGUGUCCAACGCAUGUGCACACCACCUGCCCUCUCUCACCACCUGCCCUCUCUCACCACCUGCCCUCUCUCACCACCUGCCCUCUCUCACCACCUGCCCUCUCUCACCACCUGCCCUCUCUCACCACCUCCUCUCCCUCACCAGCGACCUCACCUCCUCUGAGCUCUGCCAGCUGUACCAGGUCGACCUGGCCACCCAGCUGGAAGCACCGGAGCUCAACACUCGGCUGGUGGCGGGCGGGAUGGUCGAUCUGGCCACCCAGCUUGAAGCACCGGAGCACAACACUCGCCUGGUGGCGAGCGGCAUGGGAGCCAUGAGCGUUGCUGACAGUGCUGCUCUCUCCUCCUCCCUCUCGCCUGCCAUGAGCUCUGUCGACCUAGCCACCCAGCUAGAGGCACCGGAGUACAACACUCGGCUGGUACAAGGGGGCAUGGGAGCCAUGGUGACUGAUGCUGGCAGGAGCACGAGUGGAAGUGGGAGCGAGGGAGAUGGGGAGUGGGGGGAGCAGGAGCAGACGAAGCAAGGGGAGCAGCAGGAGGAGGAGGAGGAGGAAGAGGAGAGGGAUGAGACGUAUUGGUAUUUGCAGCACCUAUGGCUGUCGGGAUUCGUGCGGCAACAGGCGAAGGCGUGUUGGGAGGCGGCUCACGAGGAGGAGAAGAUACAAGUAUCAGGGUUGCAGAGGGACAUCAGUUCCGCCCUGCACCAGAUGCACCUCCCCCACACCCUCGAGUACCGAGACGGCGACUACAGCAUCGACCUCGCCCUCCUCCUGCCUCUCGCCCCUACAGAAUCUACGGGGAGUGACUCUAAGAGGCGUGAUUCUAGGAGGAGAGAGAGGCGUGUUCUGAAGAUAGCAGUGGAAGCGGACGGGCCAUCACAUUUCACUAUAAGCACGUCUGGAAUGACGACUGAGGAGCAGCAGCAUCAGCAGCAUUCUCAGCAGCACCCUCAUCAGCACAAUCAGCAGCAGCACGUGCCGCUGGGUCCCACUCGCCUCAAGGCCAGGCUGCUGCGCUGCCGAGGUUGGCAGGUGGUUCAGCAUGUCAAUGUUAAACCCACUCCUACCUCCCUCCACCGCUCUCCACCGCAGAUACCUUUCUUUGAAUGGGAGUGCCUGUCGGACCUCCACCAGAAGCAGACAUAUCUCGCCGCCCGUCUCGGGCCUCUGGCCAUGCAGGUGGCACGUGCAGCAGCAGCAGCAGCAGAUGCUGACGUGGCACAUGAACAGGCAGGUGAAACCGCAGAGGUUUAUGUUUCCUCUGAGGUGGCGAGGCAGGAGGGAGGUGAGACUGGCGAAGGUAGAACCGGAGAAGGUUUAACCGAGGAGGGUAGAUCUAGGGAGGGUGAGACUGGGGUUAGUGAGUUGGAUGUUGAACGGGAAGGAGAAGGGGGGUUUAAGGAGGGGCGAGUAGCAGAAGAGGGAGGGAAAGCUGGGGGAGGUGCAUCUGGGCCUGGGGAAGGAGAAGAGAAGGGGGAGGUGGAGAGGGGAGAGGUGGAGGAGGAGGAGGUGAAGGAGGGAGCAGAGAGUAGGAAGGGAGGGGAUGCUACCUCUGAGAAGUCUCAAAAGGAAGGGGAGGAAGAGGAGGAGAGGAGGAAGGGAGGGGAUGUGUUGAAGCGAGCAGAGGUGCUGGGGGCGUGGAAGGCAGGGCAGGGGAAGGCAGGGCUGGGGGCUGACCGGCUGGCUCUGCUUAGAAAGGCAGCGAUAAGGAGAGGGCUGUCACAAAAGUAG